CUCCCUCUCUCUCGACACCUCUUGACACUCUUGACACUCUUGACACUUCGAGUCCCACCUCGCCUCAUCUUUUGAUUGUUGAUCUCAUCCCAUCACUCACUCACUCACUCACUCACUAGUACAUGUAGUAGUGCCGAGUCUACUGCCAUGUAAACCCUCCCACGCCCGGCAUUCGAGCAACCCGGCACUGCAAGAAGCAAAUCACUCUAUUAUGCUUCUGUCACCGUCAAUCCUCCUCCAUUCUUGAUCUCUCCUUCUGCCACCCGGCUCCGCUUCGAAUCUUCACGUGGCUUCUUUGCACCAGACCACCAGACCACCAACUCCCGAAUCUGGGACAUCUCUCUCUCUCUCUUUCUCUCUCCCUCUCUCUCCCUUUCUUCCUCUCUAUCCCCCUCCCUAGGAACAACAACAUCAUCCACCUCCAGUCGACCUCCUGUCCCCCAAUAUGAGCGUCGCCAAAUACAAUGGCACCGCGCCCACUGGUGGCGACUCGCUCACUGAAGACCUCAAUAUCUACUAUGCGAGCGGCGACAUCGCCUGGGUCAUCACCGCCACUGCCCUCGUGCUGUUGAUGAUUCCUGGAGUGGGCUUCUUCUACUCGGGCCUGGCUCGCCGCAAAUCCGCCCUUUCUCUCAUCUGGCUCAGCACCAUGGCCACUGCCGUCGUCAGCUUCCAAUGGUUCUUCUGGGGCUACUCACUGGCCUUCAGCCACACUGCAUCCUCCUUCAUUGGCGACCUGUCCAACUUUGGCCUGCGAGAUGUCCUCGCCCGUCCGUCCGUGGGAUCAACGCGCAUUCCCGACCUGCUCUACUGUGUCUACCAGGGAAUGUUCGCUUCCAUUACCGUCGCCUUGGCCACAGGAGCCGUCAGCGAGCGAGGCCGACUGCUCCCUUGUGUCAUCUUCAUGUUUGUGUGGACCACGCUCGUCUACGAUCCCAUCGCCUGCUGGACCUGGAAUCCCGCUGGCUGGUCAUAUAAAUUGGGAGGUCUGGACUUCGCUGGUGGCACUCCCGUGCACAUCUCCAGUGGAACUGCAGCAUUGGCCUACAGUUACAUUCUGGGCAAGCGCAAAGGGCAUGGCACGCACGCACUCAACUACCGUCCUCACAAUGUCACCUACAUUGUGAUCGGCACCGUCUUCCUCUGGGUCGGCUGGUUUGGCUUCAAUGCGGGAAGCGCAUUGGGUGCCAACCUGAGAGCAGUCAUGGCUGCGCUCGUGACCAACCUCGCCGCAUGCGUCGGGGGCGUCACUUGGUGUCUGGUCGACUACCGCCUCGAGAAGAAAUGGAGCACUGUCGGCUUCUGUUCGGGCGUCAUCAGCGGUCUGGUCUGCGUGACACCGGGAUCGGGCUUCAUCCCCGCCUGGGCGGCCGUCGUCUAUGGAUUGACGGCGGGAAUUGGAUGCAAUUUCGCCACCCAGCUCAAGUAUUACCUGGGUGCCGAUGACGCCCUGGACAUCUUCGCCGUACAUGGCAUUGGCGGUCUCCUCGGCAACCUGCUCACGGGCUUCUUCGCCGCCGACUACAUUGCGCAUCUGGACGGCGUCACCAAGAUUGAUGGCGGCUGGAUCAACCAACACUGGGUUCAGCUUGCCAUUCAAUUGGCUGACUCGGUGACGGGAAUGACGUACUCUUUUGCCAUGACCUGCAUCAUUCUGUUGACCCUGUCCUUUCUCUCUCGUUGGCUUCCCAGCCUGAAGCUCCGAGCCACUCCCGAGGAAGAAGAAGUGGGAAUCGAUGAUACCGAGCUCGGCGAGUUCGCCUACGACUACGUAGAGCAGUUGCGUGACGUGAAACCAGAAGGCAUGCGAGACCACGACGACUUGGAGAGCAUCGAAGGGGACGGCCGGAGUGUGAACAGUAUCAGUCCCAGUAUCAGUCGUGGGCCUCCAUCGCCUCUGCACUCACAACCCGUCGAGACGAAGCAAGAGUAUCCCCUGACACAUAUCAAUCGGGAGCCUCGGCCGGGAGGCCACGAUCACCCCAGCUGACUACAUGGUCGCGACCGACCGAGAGUGUACAGCGUGAGUGGCGGACGUCUCGUUCCGAAAGACUCUGCUCUGGCAGAAUUAGCAUCGUAGAGGAAAAUCAUUCUCACCAACGAUGAGCAAGGCGUUGGAUGCAAUUCUGCACAUCCUGGACAGAAGAAUGGAGAGCCCGUCGAUGAGACAUGGCUCGGAUGCAGCCCAUUUCUCUUCGAAACUCUGCGCAGUCACCCACUAGUAGUGGGUUGUACGUUGUGUCGCAACAGCUGCGCUUGCGAAUUGUGCCCAUUUGAGCUACUGCAUGGUGCCUGACUAAGAGGAGGACGGUGCGACUGUGACGACGAAGCCAAGAUUUCGGCUAGAGGGGAGGAUUUUGCGGGAUGACCGGCUCUGCAGUGGUGGUACCAUCCGACGUCUUCUGAUGGACAGCAUCGGAUGUCGAUCUGCCCGUACGAUCCAAGUACUGCUUGAGACUCUUCUCCGUAGGCUUGCAAUGUAACCAGACCUCAUCGCCCGCCUCGAUGACUCUGCCUUUGCGCUUAUCCUCCCGGCGUGACAGUUCGCGAAAGAGGCGAGGACUCAGACGAUAGAGCCACUCGUGCGGAAUGUGCAGCCGCGCCGCGAUCCAUUUCUCGUUUGUGGGCUUAUGUAACAGGUUGGACGAGAUGCGCUCGAGCGGAUUGGGCGACUGCUCCAACAGCUUCUCGUUCUGGUACGCUCGAUUCACCGCGGCCAGGUCUGCGGGUAAGGUUUGAUCGAGGAAUUCGAGGGAAGCAUUAAUGUUCAAAUCCAACGCUCUCCGUGGACAUGCCGUCAUCUUCAACAGCAAACUGGACACGUGCGGAUAUAGCAGACUGAAGUCCGACUGCGAAAUGUGUACCUACAUUGGUGUUACAGACUUGCGCAUCCUCGUCAGAACAUGUUGUUCCACUUACUGUGCCACGGAUCGUCAAGAGCCAUGCUGGACUAGGCAAGGGUUCACUCUCGGCCUCUUUGACAAUCGAUUCCACGAGCUCAAAGUUGCUUGGCCAAUAUGUGAAGGCUUCGCUGUUGAUCGCCAAGACAGGUGCUUGCACUCGCUGCUUCGGUUCGUUGUCGUCCGCUCCUCGAGUUCCGGCGCCCCAGACAUCGUAGAGAAUGCCUUGCGAAACGUAAUGGAAUCGCUCGCUCUGCCGUAGAAUGUCGACUGUGGUUGCCGCUCCGAACGAGUGUCCAGCAGCUGUGACGUGGUCGAGUCGAGCUCGAUCUUUCCAUUGCGACCAAUCUACACCCUCCAGCCCAUGACGCGAGCUCCCUUUGUACCCCUUUCUCCUCAGAUUUUUGUCGGAAAUCAUUUGACCAUUACCCUUGAUGAUCUCGGUAAAGACGCCGUAGGCUUCCUCAAUCUCCGCCAGGCGCAAAUCUUUUUGUGCAUCUCGAAGUUCGGUAUCCACGCCUUUCUCGUUCAAUGGAGAGGUAUCGAGCGGAUUGUCCUUGGGGAAGAUGUAGUCUAUGAUACUGUACCCUCGUUCCUUCUCAUGGGGAUCGUGGUCCAGUUUGCCUCGAGUUUCGAGGUCGCUUGCGCUUCCCUCCCCGCGCUUCGCAUGAUUGAUGUACGUUCGUGGACCAGAACCGUCACGAUGCUCCACUGCAAUCACGAUAAAGCCGUAGCUGGCAAAUUCACCACAGACUGAAGAAUACAUGGUCCUGGUGCCCCCCAGCCCAUGGGAAAACAGUAUCACAGGAAACUGAGGUUCGUCCGACGAGCUCUCGUUCGGCUUCGUACCCGCCUCGUGCUUGGCCUUCAAGCCUUCCGUCUUCGUAUCCGCUUCUGGAGCCCAGUAGCGGGCAAUGGGUGCAUUUCGAAAGGCCGGGAGCUUCGUGAGCAUUGUGGUCGCAAAGACGGGAACAGCCAAUGAGCCUACGCCCGCGAAUUUUCCAUAUCCUUGAGCAAUCGAGACUCGGGGUCUGCCGAGCCAGAGCUCCCGAGAGAAUCGACUGCUCGUCUUCGGAAGUUUCUCUUCUUGGUCAAUGGCAGCGGGAUAGUAGAUGGUCAUGAGCACGGUCUCGAGCUGCAGGAUGUGGCGUUUGUUGCGAGUGAUAUGCGAGAAGGCUCUCGGAUUCGAGGCCGGACAUUCAAUUUCCAUGCUACCCACAGGAUAAGGCCCCGUGUAUGUAGGGAGUGUCUUGCCAGGAACCCAUGGUCGAUCUCGAAAGCCUCGGGGAGCGCGUCGUUUGGACUUUUUGGCAUGUGGCGGCUUACUCGAUUUCUCUGCGCCCAGUUCAGGGCGGCCUUUUGAGGGACUCAUUCCAAAGACGGUGGGAGAAUGCCCAGGCACGCGCGACGGUUUAGUCGUGUGCUGUCGAGCAUGUGUCGAAGGAGAACGUGGAAGGUCAGGUACGUGAUCGACGUGUUAUAUUAGCAGCCGAGAAUAGAGCGAGUGACAGGACGUCAUGGCGGUGUUUCCACAGGCGGGUCACCAUCCACUGUCGUUGACAUGAUGCCCGGCGGCCACGUCGUUACGCGGGCGCGGGUGGUGCAGAGGGAGGGAGAGCACAGGUCGAAGCCAAUUAUGGCUACACGGCGCAGAAGGGAUGACCGGUUAGGAGGUAGCAGGUAGGAGUUAGGGCAAGUAGGGCUACAUGUAUGGUGUGUCGGAGAAAUGUACCUCCUAGAAGGUGGGAGGUACCUGACCUAUGCGUGCGUGCAGUGACGUCGGUUUUGGGUUUGUUGCCUCCGAAGUUGUUCCAGCGGACGGGGAGGGUGGAACAGCCCUGAGCAGAGAAGGGUAGGGGAGGCGGAGGUGGAGGUGGGGGCGGAAGAGAGC